AGAGAGGGAAAAGAGAGGAGGAGGAAGAGGAGGAGGAAGAGGAGGAUAAAACCCAGCGGACGGACGGACGGACGGACGGACGACGGGACCGGAAACAAAGAAAACAAAUGUGGAAUAAUCCGCCAACUGCGCGCGCGACACCCUGAGGAAUAUUUCCGCUCGCGGAGGAAUAUUUAAAAAAAAUAGUUUUUCAUUUUCGGGCUGUUUUUUUGUGGAUUGGAUCCCUCCGCCGCUGCCGCCGCUGCCGCCGCUUCCUGCCGGGACUCCGCGGAGGAAAACACACACACACACACACACAGAGUUCAGCCCGUACCGGAGGGCACGUGCGUGUGUGCGCGUGCGCGUGUGUGCGUGUCCAGGUGUGUUGUCCUCGCGCGGCGGUUGGUCGCCGCUGCUGUUCGUUAAAUUUGAUGUUUUUCAAACGGAGUUCCGCGCAGCUUUUAUUUUGACCUGUGCGUGUGAGUCUCAGCAUGCGGCAGCGAGGCUCCCGCACCAGACUCCAUUCAUAAACUGCUCAUUUUUAUUUAUUUUGCUUUGUGUGUGUGUGUGUGUGUGUGUGUGUGUUUUUGUGCCCCUGUUUGUGUUUGUGUUUCUGUGUGAGUGUGUGUGUGGGUCCACGCGCCCGUCCUACAUCAGCACGCGGCAGAUCAAUGAGGAUGGAUCUAUUUACCUGAGCACGAGAGAAGAUUUAAAUGUUUUUUAUUAGUUUUUACCGGAUGGAUAUGAGAUCAGAAAUAAUCCAACUGAGACAUUAAUAAGAACAAAAGACAUGGCGGUCUGAGCGGCGUCCGCGAGGCAGACGGUCCCGUCUGAAGCCGAAACCAGAGGGCUGCGGGCUCACAGCAUGGUGGAUGCCAGCACACCUUACAGGAUGAACCCUCUAGCUGCCCUCAGCAUCGACCGGAACGCUCUGGUUGGGGAAACCUACCGGCCCCACGGAGGUAUUUUCUAUCCCGGCAUCCAUCCUCUCUCUGGUGAAAAGCCCCAGGAGGCUGGCACUUCUCUCCCGCUUGGCUAUGAUCUCCUGUACAAACCAGACGUAACCCUGUUGGAUGGGCAGAAAUCUGGAAACGGAUAUGUUGGACUAUAUAAGAGCCCACCACCAGGGUUUCAGAAACCCCUCAUUGUCCCUGCCACAGGAGCUGAUGGCCUGGGGAUGGAUCGCCGAGUUCUACCCGGUGACAAGCAGUCAGAACUGGGUCUGAAUGGUGCUGGCACCUUCUUGAGAUUGCCCUGGUUCAGCCCUUAUGCUGAUGCAACAAUGUACCCCUUCCUGGACAUGGCUUACAAGGCCUCCUUCCUGUCCCAGCCGUCGCCCUUCCUCCACCAGCAGCUGGCGUAUCAGUCUCUGUGUGCCGCUGGGGCAGCAAGCAGCACCCCCGGGGAAGACAGACUUUUCUACCUGCCUCAUUACUCCCCGGCCCAUAUCUCGUCCCCUCUUGGCCCUCCAAUACGGAUCCACACAGCCACUCCAACUCCUGCUGUCCUAUCACCCCUGCCCCACUGCCAGGACAAGGCCUUACAGGGUCUUAGUCCUCAGAUACAUCAGGAACACUCUGCCUUCAGCACCAGUCCACGGAUCCACCGGGAUACUGUUCACCACACUGAGCGACAACAUGGCAGCAGUGGCACAAAGUCUAGUCAGCUCACUUCCACCAACAACUCUCUCAGUAGCAAAAGUGGUGGAAGUAGUGGUGCCCCUGUUAACAGUUCAGCUAGCACUGCUGCCUUAGAGUCACCCCCAGUAACCCAUCCUCCAUGCACAGUUCCUCCACCCCAACCCCUAACAAACACCACUACAGACCUCCAGAAGUCGCUUCACAGAAGCACCUCCUCAUCCUCAACCUCGCUUUCAGUGUCUCACCCGUUUUACAUGAGCAGCCGGAGCUCUGAGCACUGCUCUCCCGUGCCCUCGGGCAGCAACAAAACCAAAGAUGCCAGCUCAGACGGCUGUAGUGCAGAGAAGUCACCUGCAAAGACGUCCCUGGACAGAGCCGUACCUCAGAAGCCUGCCAAAAACUCAGCAGAAAAACCUUUGGAUCUGUCUGCCAAAGAGUUGGAAGGAUUCCCAAAUGGAUUCCCGUCCAAAUUAGAGGCCCUGGCCAAGCUGGGGUAUCUACCACCAUCUCGUUACGGGCUGCUAGCCAGUCAGGACCAGCACUCAAAGGAGGGUCAACCCCCACUUGUUAGCACGUCGACAGAGACUCCAAAUCGUUGUGAAAUAAUCAGCACUGUGCCCUCUCCUUGGGUUGUUCCUGGUCCUUCCCCAGCUGUCAGCUCUGACCACAGAGGCUCCCAAAUUAUGAAAAACAAGAGUGCAGAUCAUCAUGUACAACCUCAAAGCUCACCUGGCUCCACAGCAGUUGAGGUAGCCAGUAUUCCAAGUCCUGGUGUAGGGGGAAGACCCUCUGCAUCUUCUCCUUCCCCAAAGUCCAAAGUUGAAUGGCCAGGCGCUCCCUCUACUGAUUUGGAGAAAGUCAAUCCAAACAGUAAAGGAGAAACUCAUACAUGUCCUGGAAAACAACAGAGCGUUACUCCUGCUAAGUCGGAGGCUCAAGAGAGCCAGUCUCAUCCACAACAGCAGCUUCGUGUAGAAAAUGGAAACUCCUCCAGUCAAAUCUACGGUGACUCUUACCUCCCUCCUGGCUUAGGUUACACUAACCGCUACAUCCCAUACUCAGUUGCUGAGAAUAUGUCCUUGCAACGUAUGACGAUACCAGGCAAAGGGCCUGUCUAUCCCCAUCCAGUCUUGCUUGGCAGCAGCAGCUUUUACCCGCCUCGCGUGGCACCAAAGCAUGGCCUUCCAUAUGGAGUACCUCCAAACAAGGUCGACUUCAUGACAUACCAGAAUUCCCGGGGGAUAGCCCCUUCACCUGCUUCCUCCCAUCCAGGUCUUGACUGUAUUGAGACCCAGGAUAAAACCUGGAAUGCUGAACCAUACAGGAAGCAGGAAAGGCUGGAUGCUGACAGUUACCACAAGAGUGACACUGAAAGAGACAAGUCCACAAACCAAACCUUAAAGACUUCAGGCAAAAGCCUCACUUCUGCCAGAGAUGAUGUUGUUGUUAUUGACCUCGUACGUGAUGAGUCAGAAGAUGAUUUGUCCACCAAGAAGCAGAGCUCCCUAGGUACCAAAAGAGAAGAUUCCUCCAAGCAUGGCAGCAGUGGCUGUAACCACAUCCAAGACAGAGACGUCCCUCCCAGCCAGGAUACCGAGCAGAAACGAGGCUUACAACCUCACACUUCCCAACCACAACCUCCUCAUCAUAACUCCUCUUCACCUCCUUCUCCUCGUGAGGAGAUCCCAGACGAGAUCUCAGAAAAGGAAGAGCCACUCAGUCCAUUCCCGGACAUCCCAGAGGAGCAGACGAUGCGCUGUGCCCGAACUUCUAUACAGCAGUUCUCUAGGAAAUGUAAAAGUGGAGCCUCUGUUAGUGCUGGGGACUUGAUGAGGGGUGUCACUACUGGUGUUGAUGGGAAGAGUGAAGCCUCAUCCAGUAAAAGCGUUAACCCCGAGCAAAGCCCUUCCGAAAAUGGCAACUCAUUGGGUCCUUUUAGUAAAGAAAACUGUUCCAGUGACUGUAAGAGUGCUAACAUCAUGGGAACAGUGGGUCUGGUCACCAGCGGCUGUCAUUCAGACAAUAAGGGAUCGGCAGGUAGAGAGUUCAGUCCCCAGGUCCCAGCAUGCAGGAGUUUUAAUCCCAGGGUUCCAGCUGGAGGAGUUAUUAACACCCAUUUUAACAUCAACCCAAGAAGUCCCACAUGUAACAGUGGAGAUCCAAAUUUGGUCAGCAGACAUUUUGUGGGCCCAUGUUGCAGAAAUCUGCCUCUGAAGGCCCCAAUUUGUGAACCCAGGAUUUUCAGCGCUCCAACUCAUGGAAAUAGCAACCCUGUAACUCCAAACUGCAGGAGCAUCAAUCCCACGUUUACAAAUUGUGAAAACCGCAAUGCCAUGCGCCCAGUUUGUGGAAACAUCAAUCUCAGGGCUCCUGCAUGUGGGAAGAACUGUUUUAGUUGUCCAAAUUGUGGGAAUUCUCUCUCGAAAGGUUAUUCUUUUGGAAAUAACCAGAGCUGUGUAAAUAGCAAUCCCAGGGUCCCCACGUAUGGAAGCAAUUUUCCUUUGGAUCCAACCUGUCGGCACCUUUCACCUGGCAACCCUACCAAUGGAGGCUUUAACGUGAUGCCUGCAGAUCUGACUCCAGAACCAAACAAAGACCUAAAUUCUGAAAGCCUUUCUUCCAAAGAACCAGAGCCAAACUCCGGCCUCACCACUGCUAGCUGUGGAGACGGUGAGAAAGACAUCCAGGACAGCAUGGACAUCCUGGCAGACGAUGAAGAAGGUGCUGGCAAGAACCGGCUCUCCGGCCUCACCAAACGCAUCGCCAACUCCUCCGGCUACGUGGGCGACCGGUUUAAAUGCGUAACCACGGAGCUUUACGCUGACUCCAGCAAGCUGAGCAGAGAGCAGAAAGCACUCCAGCGUGCGAUGCUGCGAUUCUCCGAGCUGGAGCUGAAGGAGAAAGAGGGAGGAAGAGAGGAAGAAGACGACGAAGAAGAAGAAGUGAUGACAGCAGCGGUGGCGGCAGGAGAGACGGAGCUGGCAGACGGCCAGCAGGGAGACGGAGAGAAGGAGAAGGAGGAGGAGGAGGAGAGGAAGAAAGAGGGAGGAGGAGGGUGGGAGCGCUGCCAGCAGAGUGAGGGGAGGCGAGGAGAAGGAGGAGGAAGAACUCCCUCUGCAGCCACCGCGGAGGCUCAGAGAGGUCUCCAUUCGUCGGGUCCUCACAGCUGCCUCCCCGUCCUGUCGCUGUGCCGCCACUCCGACAACCUCCCCAUCCUCCGAGAGAGGGAUGGCGCUCCACCGGAGGAAGAGAAGAAGAACGAAGGGGAUAAUCUGCUGGAGGAGAAGAAGAAAGAGGAGAGGAGUUUAGUCUCACAGCAACAACAAAGGUUUCUGUCCACAACCAGAGGCCUGUUUCAGGGAAACACCUCCGUGCUCGGAGGUUCAAAUCUAAGCAUGCCGAUAAACCGGAGGCGUAUCUUUAGUCUGGAGCCGUUCCACCAGAGCAGCAUCAUCAGCAGCCGGCUGAAGAGAGGGAGGGAGGAGGAGCGGGAGGAGGAGAGGGAGGAGGAGGACAGGGCGGGAAACCCCAACAAGAAGUUAACCACCGACGCCACCCUGGACGACGUGAAGAAGCUGAAGGUUUGCAUUGAACUGAACGGCCUCAGGCUUAACAAGCCCCGCCUCCCCGGAGAGCUCAGCCAAUGGCUGCCCUCCAGCCAGAGGUCAGCGGAGGUCGACAGAAAGUUCAGAAUGGACAUCCCAGCCAUCAGUGGAAGAUCAGAGGUCAACGGAGGCUGGUGUGACCGUACGUUUGUGAGGAGGGAAGACCCGAGAGUUUUCCACAUGGCCCCGCCCACUUCCUCUCCCUCUCAUCUCCCCCGGCAACUGUGUGGCUCCGCCCCCCGGCUACCUUCCCCUGCAUCCUUCACCUCCCUCGCCUCUUCCCGCCUCCAGGACAAGCAUCAGAAGCUGAGAGAGAGUCGCAGGGUCUCCAGUUUCCUCCCUUCUUUACCUCCUCUUCCUCCUUCCUCCUCCUUGCUCGACCCCCAUCCCUUCCACUGCCAUGACGACGACCUCAGCAAGCCGAAGGGCAAGCGCCCCUGCAAGACGAAGCACACGGGAGGAGAGACGGCGAGGGAGGAGGAGAGAGACGGCGGAGGAACCGAUGAUGAGGAAAAGAGUGGGAAGAUCUCGCCGUCAGACCCGUCUCGCUCUCCCGCCUGUAGAACUUCCUCUCCGCAGCAGCACGCUGCCCGGCCCGUCCCUCCUGAAGUCCGUCGGCUCAUUGUGAACAAAAACGCCGGAGAGACGCUGCUGCAGCGCGCCGCCCGUCUGGGCUACGAGGAGGUGGUGCUGUACUGUCUGGAGCGGCGGAUCUGCGACGUGAACCAUCGAGACAACGCCGGGUACUGUGCCCUGCACGAAGCCUGCGCCCGCGGCUGGCUGGCGAUCAUACGCCACCUGGUGGAGCACGGAGCUGACGUCAACUGCAGUGCUCAGGAUGGAACCAGACCGCUGCACGACGCUGUGGAGAACGACCACCUGGAGGUGGUGCGUUUCCUGCUGGCCUGCGGCGCCGACCCCACCCUCACCUCUUACUCUGGGAGGGGACCAAUCAACAUGACCCACAGCGCUGCCAUGGAAACCUUCCUGGAGGACUAUCUCUCCGACCUCCAGGGAAGGUCGGAAGGCGAUCCCGGAAUCUGCUGGGAGUUUUACGGCAGCUCAGUGUGCGAGCCAUCCAGCGAGGGAGGAGUGUAUAACAUUCUUGCUGACCCACCGGGGCCGGAGGAGGAGGAGGAGGAUGAAGAGGAGGACAAAGAUGAGGAGCAACGAGCCAGGAGGGAGGUGUUUGAGUUUGAGCUGUCUGACCGGCCACUGCUCCCCUGCUACAACAUCCAGGUGUCACUGUCCCAGGGUCCCAGGAACUGGCUCCUCCUCUCCGACGUCCUGGGUCGACUUCGGAUGACUUCUCGGUCUUUCCGGCGCCUCUUCCCACAGCUGAAUGUGCAGUCGAUGUCUGAGGAUGAGUUCUACCGGCAGGCGUCCCUGUCGCAGCUCCUGACAGGUCCCGAUGAGCAGGAGCUGGCUUCCUUCAGGCCAGACGUCAAGGACCCCCUGGAGCUGGUGGAAGCCACCCCCGAGCUGGCCGGCAUGCUCGGCUCUUCCCUGGAGUUUGUGGACACUCGUUGGGACUUGCUGGAAGCUUCGCCACCUCCAACACCACCCCCACCACCACCACCACAAAGACUGUCGCUAAGACUGCCACAACGUAUUCCACCAUUAUUACCACCACAGCGACAGGGGGCAACAGACCCUCGUGCUAAAGUGGACAAUGUCUUACAAAGCAGGAGUGCAGACUCUGGACAAUUCCAAGGACUUAAAAAUCUGGGAUAUUCCACCCUGGCAGCUAAAAUAGAAACCAAACUGGAUGCCAGCAUGUGGGAACCACAACAGCUAGGAAGUGCAAACGCUGUUGUUCCUAUUCCUGCAAAACCAAACAUGACAAUGAUUGUUAACACGUGGGAACCGCAAAGACAACAAAGUAAGAAUAUUGGGAUUCCUAAUACUGCUAAUUCUGACUCUAAAGUGAACUCUAGCAUGUGGGAACGACAACGUAGCAAGAGCACUGGGAUUCCUAAUUCUGACUCUAAAAGUGAAUCUAGCAUGUGGGAACCACAAAGACAACAAAGUAAGAACAUUUGGAUGUCUAAGUCUGCUAAUACGGACGCUAAAAUGGACUCUAGCAUGUGGGAACAGCAGCAACAAGGACAUAAAUCCACCAGGAACACUCCCGCAAAGUCCGACAUGGCAGCUAGCACUUGGGAACCACAGCGACUGCGAAGUAGGAGCAUCGCGAAUUCUGACACCAAAGUGGACGCUACACCGUCAGAACCACAGCGAAUACGAAAUAAGAGCACUGCUAAUCCUGCUAAUGGCACAGUGGAUGCUAAUGCGUGGAAACGACAGAAUCUAGGGUGUAAGACUGGUGGGGAGUCGGACUCCACGAACCCAGGUGCUUCACACGAAGGAACCGAUUGGGAACCGCAACGACUCCGAAGUAAGGCGGCAGGGAUCAACGGCCCCGCGAAGCCAAACACUACAGUGGACGCUAAUACGUGGGAACGCCAGGGAGUAAAGAGAGUGGGUGGCACAAGCACACCACCCAAAAGAGAGGACAGUUCCUGUGACAGCCAAGGGCACGGAGCUAAGACCAUCAAGAUGGACGCUGCCUGGCAAAGGAACUUGGGCAACGUCAGAGUCCACAUCCGGGAUCUUGGAAUGAAAGUGGCGGGAACCAUCCGGAGGGACGUAAAGAAAGAGCAAGGGAAGGCCGCCGGGAAGGCCGCCAAGGUCAAAGCGAGGUCGUGACAACAUAAAGUAACAGACUGAAAAACAAACGUAAAUAAAUGAGUAAACAGAACGUCGUCUGUAGAGACGCUAACAGUAUCGUGUGUGCUCUAUGUUUACUGUAAAUAUUUUUAUUUAUGAGUACAGAUAUUCUCUGUUGGUGAAGUUGUUCUUUGUAAAUGCAGUCUGGUGUAAAUACGACGCAGUUUCUGUUCACGUGGAGGUUGUUUGUUACCUUUGUCUGUAAUUUUGUAUUCAGCAUCCUGUUGGCUUUCGUCACCAAAAUAUUUAUUGUCCAAUAAAUAUAAAGAAUGAGAAA